CACAGAACUGAUCAGAAGAUUGAUAAAGCUUUUCAGUCAUGGAUUCCAGAUACAUGGAAAUAGCUGCCCUGGGAAGACCUCUGUAUCCCGGUAUGCUGUAUGAUUGCCGCAAGGACACCUUUAUUCCAGGUGUUACAUUAUGGGAUAAGAAAGCACUUCGUGAUGACCUUGAUGUGCAUAAACAACCUAAAACACAUCUGAAGUUUGCUGCCUCUGACACUCUCAGUGACAAGGCCAACCUUCUAGAUAUAAGUGCUUCCCUUAAAGCCAGUUUCUAUAGUGGUUUAGUGGAGGUCGGAGGUUCGGCCAAGUACCUGCGUGAUAAAAAAUCUUCAGCACAUCAGUGCAGAGUUACUAUGCAGUACAGCCAAACAACAAAAUUUGAACAACUUACUAUGAAGGAGCUUGGCAAUAUCACCUAUCCACAAGUAUUUGACCAGAAAACAGCCACUCAUGUAGUUACAGCUGUACUAUAUGGAGCUCAGGCUUUCAUGGUGUUUGAUUAUACAAGUGAUGAAAAUGAAAGCAAACAAGCUAUAGAAGGACACCUUCAUGCAGUGGUCAAAAAGAUCCCUACCAUUUCCAUAGAGGGUGAAGCAUCCCUACAGAUGACUGAAGAGGAAAAAAAACUGGCUGAGAAUAUCAGUGUCACAUUUUAUGGUGACUUUGAACUUGAAGAAAAUCCCACCACAUACAAGGAAGCCCUAGAAGUGUACAAGAAGUUGCCCACUCUGAUGAAACAACAACAAAAUAAAGGCGUUCCACUUAAUGUGUGGCUGUAUCCUCUCACACUUUUGAAUGAUAAGGCUGCAAAGUUGGUGAGGGAAAUCAGCAUGAGCCUGGUGUGUAAAGCAGAACAUUUGCUGGAGGAGCUUGGUGAAGUGGAGAGAAGAUGUAAUGAUUUGAUUAAAAAUCAAAUGACACAUAAUUUUCCUGACUUAAAAGACAGGUUGUCAAAGUUUCAGGCUUUACAAAAGAAUUAUACGAGAUCAUUCCAGAAGGCACUUUCUAGAGUUUUACCAGCUAUUCGAGGUGGGAUACAAGAGGACAAAGCACUUGUGGACAUCCUGAACGUUAAUUACAAAUCACCUUUCACAGCUAGCAACAUGAACAAAUGGUUAGACGAUGUCACAACUGAAUUAAAUAUACUGAGUUCCUAUACCAGUGGGCUGAAGGACCUGACAGUUGUGAAAUCACCAGCAUCGCUCAGUUCCAUCUUCUUGGAUCCUGAUGUUGAUGUGGUGGUAUGUUUGUCUUUUACAUCUUUAAAGUAUGAAGACUCCUAUCUAACAGCUCUACAAGACUUUGAGAACAUUGAAGGAUUUACAGUGUUGGGACAAUCAGGUGAGAGGGAUUUCUUUCUCCAAGCAACACAGCCUUGGUUCACUUCUUCUGACAUUUCUGAGAGCAUGAGGCAGAACCUUUCUCUUUUUGCAAGUUUUUCAAAAGCCAAUAAAAAUGAUAAGAGAAUGAAGUUUAUCAUUGUCUCCAUAACUGAUGCCUGCAAUCCAGGAACCUCCAUCCGACUUUAUCAGAAAGGCCGUCUGAUAGAUUCUAGGUUCCAGCCUGUAUCCAAACCCCCUCUACCCAUGGUGGAGACCAGUGAUGAGAAAGUUAUUUUAAAGCUUUCAAAAUCUCCAACUGGAAAGACGUUACAGUUCAGAGUUGAGUACAGGAUGACAGAAUCAACUGAUUCAGCAGCUGAUGCCGAUGAAUGGUUAGUCAAAGACACUUUUGAUGCCCAGACCAGCUUUACAUUGACUGGACUCAAGCCAGCAAAGCAAUACUUGGUCCGCUACAAAGCUGUUAGUGAUGUGGGAGUGAGUGAAGCCAGCGAAACCGUUUCCUUCACUUUUCAUGGGGAGCCUGAUGUGGGAAUUUGUGAAGCCAGUGACUCUGACACCUUGAUUCCUCAGACAUUCAGUGCCAAAGUGGGCCAGUCCUGGAAUAUCACCACAUCUUCCCUCUUCAAUGAAGUAAGGACAAAGAUAAUGACCAGCAUGGGCAUGUCACGGUGGUCUCUCUUUACAAUCAAGUCAGAGAUUUCAAAUGUUGUCAACAGUCCUAGCAUUCCUUACACUGAUACAAUUCCUGGAGGGCUGAGAGCAGAAAUGGCUUUGUACUUCCAAGGGAUUGCAACAGGGCAAGAAUUUUCAUUUAAUCUCAUAACUGGGCUGACGAUUAAUGAUGACAUCGCUUUUCACUUCAACCCUCGCAUCAAUGACUCUGUGGUACAAAAUAGCCGCAGGACUGGAAGCUGGGAGAAUGAAGAACGCACAUCAGGGUGUCCCAUUUCCAGGGGAUCAGCCUUUGAUAUCUUUAUUGUGACCAAUUCAGAAGGCUAUGUGGUAUAUGUAAAUGGUCAGUGGAAUUGCCUGUUCAAACACCGCAUGCCAAUGGAGAAAGUGGCUAAACUGUACAUUUGCGGAGAUGUCAUCUUGAACAUGGUUGGGAUUGUUGGAAACUGGAGUGAAUCUACCUUCGGUAAGGAACUACUCCUUGGCAUGUCACGGACAAAGCUCUCUGACAUCCAGUUUGAUAUACCACAGCCAGUCUGCACCCCAAGGAAACAAUAUAUGGGACCAAUCCCUGGAGGCUUGAGACCUGGUAUGGCUUUGUUCCUUCAAGGAGUUGUUCCUUCAGAUUGUGAACGCUUUGCAAUAAAUUUUCAGACUGGGCCAGAGUACCUUCAUGACAUCGCUUUCCACUUCAACCCCCGUAUGUACGCUGUGAUCUGUAACACCUGCAGGAAUGGGACAUGGGAUGAGAACCACAUUGAGGAACAAGGAGGCCCCUUUGUCAAGGGAGGAGCCUUUGAUAUCAUCAUGGUUAUUAAACCAGAAUGCUAUGAGGUAAUAGUGAAUGGCCUGGAAUACUGCAAGUUUAAUCACCGUAUACCAGUUGAAAAAGUGACCACACUUGACAUUAGGGGAGAUGUCUUCAUAAAAAUCCUUCGCUUUAUUGAAGUGGAUGGUGUUAAUCUGAAAGUCGGCAUGCCUGCAAAUAUUUGAGGAUUUGAAUCUUCCCGAGCAGCACAGAUAAUUUUGAAGUGAUACUGUAUCUGCUUAAGCAAAUGUGAAUUACAACAGUUCUUUAAGAUUGACAUUUUAAUAAUAUUUUUUAUAAUUCUCUUGAUUUUUGUUGCCUAUGUCUGAAAAUAAAUAUUAUAUGUUCUUUGCUACAAAAUAGACAUUUUUAAAAAAAGAAAGUAGACAUGCUGAUGGCUAACGCAAACAGUAAAUUUUAGUAAGUGUAGGUUUUCUUUUUCAGUGGCUGAGCUGUGAUCUCUAGUCUUAUUAAAUAAACUUAUUGUUCAGUACGAGAGGUUAAAGACAAUUAA